AUUUGCGGAUAUCUUAUGACAUUUAUAUAGCAGCUUCAAUUUGAGUGAAUUAGUUGAAUUUCGAAAUGAUUUCAAUUUUUGCCCGUCUGAUUGUCAAGUAUCCCAUUGGUGGAUUUUCCCGCCACGAAUAACGGAACUUUGGUGAUUUUCACCUGACGGGUUGGUAAGCAAUAAAUAGUAUAAAUAUAACAUUUGCAAUUGUUAGGAGCAUAAUUGAUCAUUUACGGGAACGAAUAAUGCCACGUCACGAUAACCUAAUCGAAUUUAUAUCAUAAACUAUUAUUGACACGUGUAUUAUUAGGAAUCAAUUUGACAAAUCGAUUUAAAGAGCAUUUUUAGGAUUUUAUCGCCUCGUUCUAAUGGCAGCCUUGAUAAAUACAUGAUGGCCGUUGUUCCCAUGAAGUGAAAACGCUUUUUGGCUCGUCGCGAAUGCAAUUCUCCUUUUAUUUAUUACUGAUUUUUGUAAAUAACCCACUGUAAACAAACCAUCAAUGUCCGCGAAGUGUCAUGCGUGUGUUCAACGUGAUGUAUAUGUGAAACCCGAGAGACUUUGUGUAGCAGGAUCAGGAUAGCGAGUGGGCAAAUGCAUUCGGAGGGUUUUCACCGUCUUGCAUUACAAAGAUCUUUUUGAUUCAGGUGCUUCAACCUUGAAUCUGGGUUCUGUUAUGCUUUAAGGUUAUGAUUCUUCGUUGAUACAACCUGGUCAUAACAAAUCAUGAUCAUAUCAAACAAUUCUGCUACCAUGCUGAUUGUUUUUGUGAAAUGUCUUUUGCAUAGGAAAAUCAUGUAUUAAAUUUAAUCAUAAAUACAUGGAACAGCGCUUUGAUCUAUGAGACUUCUAUGGAGCACUUAUGUGACUUACAAAAAAUAAAUGGCCUAAGAACACGUCGUUUAAAAAUCAAGAUACCUAAAUAAAAUAAUGAAACCAAUUGCUUUGUUGUGAAUAAUAUUUAUUUAACGGAUCAAUCUUAUUUCAACAUCUGUACCCAAUACUACACUCGUGGACAACUCGAUGAAUCACACUCGGAAGACCCUAUAAUAGUGCAAAGAAUGCCAGCCAAUUAUAUCUGGCUGCUGGGUUUAGGAUAAAAUCCAGACUCAAUAAAUCUAAGACUCUAAAAUUUGAUCUUACUUAUGAUCUGAUGAUAUUAAUUGUCAGGUGAAGUGGUAGGUUUAGAAACAAUAUCUAAAUGGAUGAAAUCUUACAAAUGUGCUUUAGACUGAAGUUCAGAUACGCCCGAGACACUGUGAUAUUAUUGUUUUUAAAUGGAUAAUAAUCAUCACUUGAACAUGAUAAAUAAUCCUAAGUGAACAUGUUGAAAUGUAGUUAUAAAUGAUCAACAAAUGAGAAUCCAUAUGUACUACAGAAGCAUUGACAUUGUAAUUUUUAAAUGGAUAGUGGAAUAACUUCAUUCAAAAAAAGGUUAAUAAAUAAUUAAAGUCCAAGUGAAAAUCAAAGCUUUAUGGAUGACAGGAUCAGGAGACGUGGGUCGUAGACGCGUUGAGUGGCGCCGUAGCGCAAAUACACAUACACGGAAUACGCCAUUGGAAGAUAAAUUUACCAGGUUCGAUCAGUGGCUAGAGCGGAAAAGGUAAAAAGGUGGCUGAAGGCUGCCUGGAGUUGCGAGGGGCUGCGUGGGCAUGCAGCAGCCUCAGCCACGCCCUCUCCUCGGGGACUCUGUAUCCUCUACACCCCCCCCAGCUGCGCGUCGUAAUAAUCCUGUUGCUGUGCUCACUCAUCAGCAGUUACAACAGCUGCAGCAAUUACAGGCACACAACCCUACUGGACAACCAUUAACAUUCGCUCUCCAACAACCCUCGAAUAAUAGCCAGGAGCAGAAUAAUGGGUCCACGACACAUGGUAAUCACAUAGUAUACUUAAAUCAGUUAAACCAGUUGAAUCAAGGGGGAAUCGGUCACUCAGGGGCUGGUAUGGGCCUACCCCCGGCCACCCCCACUUUUGGGGUUGGCCUUAACAUGGGACUACCGUUAUCGUUGUUGAAUACCUCGCUAACAUCGCUCACCUCGAAUGCAAUCACAACAUCAAAUCCCCUUCUAAAUUUGGGGCUAUCUGGCAUCAAUCCAAGUCUGACAAGUCUGAAUCCAAAUCUGAACUCAUUAAAUUCCAGUUUAAACUCUAUCAACCAGAGUUUAAGUUCAAAUUUGACAUCUAAUAAUAUAACUUCCGGAUUAACGGGACUCAGCCAAGAUUUAACAAAUGUGAACUCUGGGCUAACAUCAAUCAACUCUGGACUGUCUGGUAUCAACCAAGGAUUAACAGGCUUGAAUCCGAAUGUAAAUCCCAGUUUAAAUACUUUAAAUUCCAAUUUAAGCAAUGUGAACUCUAGUGUUUCAAGUUUGAACACGCUAAAUCCAAGUAUAAGUACAAAUUUGACUACAGCAAGUAUAAAUCAGGGACUUGGUCAAACUUUAAAUGCUUUGAAUACUGGCUUGACACCAAGUAGUAUAAGUUCAAGCAAUUCGAAUAGUUUUCCAUUUCAGACCAUCCAGAGUAUUCAAAGUUUAGCUCCACAUAUCGUUAACUCGAACAUAACGCAUAUUCCGAAUUCGAAUGUGUCCCACCUUACUUCUAACUCCAGUGUGUCUUCAAUUGCGCAUAUUUCUAGCUCCGGUGUAACGCACUUACCGAGUUCAAGCGUGUUUACACAAGUUUCAAGUGUACCAACUCUGUGUAGCUCGAAUAUAACUCAUGCCUCGAAUAUCACGCACCUGACAAAUGCUGGAACGAUGCAAUCUGCGGUGUCUCAUGUUCCCAAUUCAGGGAUACAGCAUAUCCCACUUUCAAACGAUGCACAUUCGACUAUAAGCCAUAUUACUUCUUCAAAUGCCUCUCACAUAACUACCUUUCAUCCGCAGAGGCAAUUCUCUCAAAAUUUAAACCCUGUUCUCAGUUCUGCACAAACGCUAAAUAGUGUUAAUGCAUCAAUGAAUUCAAUCAACAACUUAAGUGGUGUCAAAAAUAUGCAAAACAUUCAGAGUCAGAACAUUAGUUCACCCGGCAGUCCAUUCUCAAUACCGAUGAAAAGUCCUGCAUCGAACAUAGCGCCACCAACACCGAGUCCAAGCCCAAAUCGGCUUUUGCUCAGAAGUCCUGCAUCAAAUUCAAUGCAGUCAAACAGAAACAGUCCGAGUCCAGUCUCCAUUUCAACACCAAAUGCCAACUUCGGAGCACAACUGCAAAGCCCUAUGCAGAGUCCAAUGAGUGUAGGGCCUAUUCAAAGCCCAGCACCCAGUCCGUACCCACCUGCAAAAAGUCCGCAUCACCUGGGAGGUGGCAGUGCCAUGAAUAACAGAAGUCCAGCCCCUGGAGGGAGUCCUGGUCCACCUGUGGUAAGGCCCAAUACCCCAAUUUUGCAGCAAGGGAUGCAAGUAUUGCAAAUUAUUCAUGGUAACCCACAAAGUUAUCAACCAACGUCUGCUCAGUUAGUGACCAGGACUCAUUUGAUUGGAAACCAACAAAUUCAAAUUUCUACUACUAAACCUACCAAACAGCCACCACAAAUUUUGCCAAAACCUCCAAACCAACAAGGCGGUGGUACACAGCAAAAGCAACAGAGGAAUACCAACACUGUUACAAAUCAGGUUCCACAACAAUCCCAGCCGCAGUUGGUUCUCACCGGUCCUCAGACAAACGCCACCACAGCUACGAUGAUUCCUACGGCACAAGGUCCCCUUUUGCUCAACCAGGUUCUACCGUCAUCGGGGCCUGUUAUCGUUCAGCAGCAGCCCGGUGGUGUUCAAUUGAUUCUACGGACACCUGCGAAUGCUCAACAACAAACACAUACCGCACAGCUGACCCAACAACAACUGGUUCGAGUCGUAACAGCUCAAGGAAUGCAACUACAAGGUUUAGCUCCAACGUUCUUUGCAGUACCAAAUGGAUUUCCACCUCCUCCUCCUCCGGUAUUGAGACAUAAUCAAAGUAGCCCAGCUCCUUCGAAUACGGGAGGUAAUCCAAUAGUUAUACAGAACACAAUGGUGCAAAGCCCGCAACCACAACUUACGCAAGUGACGAAUGCAAAUACUUCUAACAAUUCUCCAAAUAGUCAUUCAGUGGUAGACCAUCAUUUAUUACCCCCACCUAAAAAAAAGGCCAAGAAGAAGAAAAAAGCUAAGAGAAGAGAAGAGGAACCACCAAAGUUAGAUUUAGCUAGCAUCAUGAAGAUAUCUGGAAUUGGUGAUGACGACGAUAUGUUUGAUAACGAUUUAGCAACGGAGACAGAUACAUCGAAUCAAAUGCAAAUCGAACAGAGUAUUGAUCAGAACCCAGGUCAAGCAUUAACACAAGCGUCCAUUUGUAAUACUAUAAAUGUUAACACUCCAGCUCAAACUACACAGAACAAUCGGAACAAUAGUCAGCUAUUAGCUCAAUUACAAACACCUGUACAAAAUCCAAUUUCUGGGCAUCUGAGAUUAGCAGUUGGUGAAGAUGGUAGAUUUAUUUUACACCAUACUCCAGAACCAAAUCAGCCAGAGAUAGAUUCUGCUACAGCUCAGGCCUUAAUUCGCUCACUAACUCAAAGUGGGGGACAAAAUUCCCAAAUAAUUUCCCAACUUUUGGGCCAGCCUACGAGUGCUACACAAAAUACCGGACAGAAUCAACCAACCCUACAAAUUCAAACGCACAAUCGGCAAAAAUUUGUAAAGUCACCUUCGUCUGCAUCGAAUCAAGUUUUGAACCAGCCACAUGGCGUGAAUAAUAGCCCGACAAAUUAUCAGACCGUGACCCCAUCGACUAGCCCUGAAGAAGAACAAAUGUCUCAAAACUUGAAUGUCCAAGGUAGUUUGAGUAGCACUGUGAAUUUGAACACUCGAAUCUCAGGAAAUUCAAAUACACAGAGUCAUACAAAUGCCACUCAUAACUCGAAUAUGUCACUUGCAGUGAAUUUAAACACACACACUUUAAUGAACUCAUCAAAGAAUGUUCAAACAUCAAACACUAAUCCUCAUAAUCAGCAACAUUCUAAUCCUAAUAUACAAGUAUCCUCUGAGACAUCAGCCCCGAAAGUGUCGAUGGUUUGUCCAAAAUUCAAAAUUCAAAAUCAACGAUUCCAAAGUACGAAUCAAUCAAUUGGUUCAAACCAUCAACAAAAUCUGAACGUGCAAACCCAGAAUGCCACGCAAAAUCGAAUUGCCGCCCCCCUGUUGCAUUCAAGUCCGCAACAAACGGCUAAAUACUCCAUAUCGAGUGGUUCCUGUAUGCGGAAAUCUGUACAAAGUGGUCAAUCUGUACAGCAUAACUCACAAUUGGUUAACCUGCUUCCCAAAAGUACCCAAUCACAACCAAUCAAUAUUCAGCAAGACGGACAAGGUGCCCAACAACAAGCGCAAACCAUUCAAGGAAUACAGGCACAAAGUCUGCAGCAUAUCUUUCAGCAAAAUUCGAAUGCUCUGCAACAAAAUACUAGUGGCAAUCUACAACAGAAUAUUUUGCAACUAAGUUCCGUCAACAGUUCACAACAGAAUACUGUGGCCAGUGCCCAACAAAAUACGAGCAAAAAUCUGCAUCAAAAUACCGCUGGUAUUCAACAAAACGUUGAACAGAGCAUGCAUCGAAACAUGGCUAACGAUUUGCACCAUAAUUCAAUGAAUGCUAUGAAUCAAAACGUGUCCAACAGUCUACAGCAAAAUUUAUCUACUAAUCCACAUAAUAUCGGUUCCAAACAGCAAAAAACGAUUUAUACAAACACGAAUUGCUCGGAAAAUUUAGUAUCAAGUAAUUCUCAAAGCGGAAACAACACACAGCAACAGAAAAUUUUGAUUACUAAUUCCAGUUGUCCAUCAACCAUGCAACAAACUGAUCUCCAAAAAAUUCAAGCGGCAAACAUGAAUUCAAUGAAUUCCGCUGCGACCAGUAUAUUCAAUAACGCACCUAAAAUCACACCAGAAAUUUUGAAUGCUCUGAGUAACUUGAAUCCAAAUGAUCAAUUAUUGAUUGCUAAUGCCAAUGGACAAAUGCAAGUUAUAAGUCAACAACUGCUACAGCAAUUUUUAGCAGGACAGCUGAAUGUCUCACAACAUACACAAAAUCAAAAUCAGACUCAAAAAAUCGUUAUCGGAGAGCCAAAUUCUAAUAAUCAGAAUUUACAGGGUGUACAAAUAAAUACUCCCACCAGUCAAAUAAUUGUCAACAGUUCGGGAGGAGCACCUACAAUACAAAAUAACAUUCAAAACAUCGUAGUGCAAGCAGCACCAUCGCAAAUACCGCAACAAAUACAAAUACAGAAUUCUGGAUUUCCGAGUCAAUUUAUAGAUAAUCUUAAUCAACAGCAGAUCAGAAAUUUAGGAAAUAAUCCGACAAUUACUAAUUCUGCACCUAAGAAACCAAAGGUCACCAAGAAAGCUAAAGCUGCUGGCACCUUAGCUCAAAACACCAGUUUUCAACCAGUUGUUAAAACUGUCGCGGUAUCUCGAACUACAAUGACCACGACAACAACGGCUCAAAAAACGAGCAUUUGCGAUAAUUCUAAUAAAAGCAAUUCCAGCUUGAUGCCACAGAGUACAAAUUUGAACAAAAUGGAAUUGCCCUUGAUUUCAACUAAUGGUCCACAACCUACGUCUAUGCCGAAUAAUCAGAAUUUGAUUACAUCAAACGGUCAAUUGGUUCAAAGGGUGCAAACCAUACAACUUCCGGCACAGAAACAACAAAUGUUGAAGAGUAUUCAAACGCAGAUACAGGCUAUCCUUGCACGUAAGCCUAAUAGUCAAACGGAACAGGCUUCUUUAACAAAACUAUAUCAGGAGCAGACUAGAAUUUUAGCCAGUGGCAAAGUUAUUAGCAGUACAUCACAUCCUGUGAGCACUGGCACUGAAUCAACUAUGAGUGUAAAUGUUGUAUCAACUGCAGUAUCUACUACUCUGGUGCCAACCAUUUGUAAAAACCAAACAUCUACCGCCCAAACGCAAACGCUUGGUAACUCAUCUUUGGUUUCCAAGGCAAAUACUCAGAUUUCAAAUUCCGCACCACUCAAUAUUCAAAGUAACGUCGAAAAUGCCUUUAUGGGCAGUCUUAUACAGACUCAACCUGCGGUCCAGCAAAAUAUUCAAUCACAAAGUCCCCAGACUGAUAAUGUUAAAAAUACAAAUACAACCGAAUGUAAGCAGCAUAAAUUUUAUCAGAAUCAAAACCAACAGAUGUCGAGUAGCCUUUCUGGUACAAGUACAUCGUCGUAUCCUGGACUAACUAACAUCUCGAGUUCGGUACAAAAUAAUUUACAAAAUCAAGCUCUUAAUCAGCAAAUAACUGCGCAGCAAUCGACGCAAUGUCAAACCGAUCCGUUGGAUAUUAAACCGAAUAUUCAGAGUGUAAGCCCUAUCAAACAAGAACUGUCAUCACCCAUUCAAAUUCAAGUCCAGAUCGGAUCUCCUGCUGGUCAACUGUCAUCAAAUUCACCUAGAAUUGCUAACAAGUGCCCCCAGCAAAUCCAAAGCCCAGUGAAUGUAAACUCAUCCCAGUGCCAGGUUAAACAAUUGAUUAGCCCAGGAAGUAACAGUCCUCGACAAGCCAUUAAAAGGCCUGCCUCAAGUCCCAUUUGUCGGCAAAUCAAUCGUAGCGACUUAUUGGAACAACAACUGAAGAUAGAUCAAAAUGGUGCAAUAAACCCAGAUGUAAACUCUCCUUUCACUAGUAAAUCUGAUGCAUGUAAGCGUUUGAUUAGAUACCACUGUUUCAACGAACAAGUAUUGAGUUCAAAAGAUCUGGCAAAGGCAGACGAAAUAUUUGAGGAAACAGCUAAACACCUUUUGAGCAAAUUCAACUCUAUGAUGAAUAAAUACACGUACCUGUUACUAAUGGAAAGUAUGCGAGAAGUAAGGACUUCUGAAUUGAUGAUGAUCGAUCGGACGUUCGUCGCUGAAGAACAGAGCAUUCUAAGCAGGCUCCGAGAGCAGGAGGCAAAAGCAGAUGAAGAUUUCAAGAAGGAAGAAAAGCCAAUGGUUCCAAAGGUCGAGCCUGGUCUGGUGGACGAUGUCAAACCUCUGACAAUACCUGCUAACGUUGCCGUGAAACGGGAGUUAGAGGAUGACUAUUCAGAGAUGGAUGAAGAUACUAAACCUUUAAUCAAACCGUUAAGUUGUACAAGUGGCGAUUACGACGAAUGGCUUGAAAUCCAAAAAGAAUUAGGCGUGUAUACGACAUCUGGGGAUAGUUCCAAAUGUAAAAACAGUGGUAAUAAUAGUGGUGUGAUGACACGGACAUCAAGAGGUGAAAGGACGCGGGCCAACGGUGAAUAUCGUGGCAGUGUAGUGAGUUCUGGUCUAAUCCUAAAAAACUCUUGCGAGACAGGGCCAAUUUCAGACCGUCGCUGGAGUGGGGCUACCGAUUUGGAAAGGGAUCUAUUGGAAGAUACAGACAGUUUAGAUGGACUAGUUUUAACUUCUCAGGUCCAAUGUCCACCGUCGCUGCAUCUUUCAAAUGACAACGACAACGAUAACGAUGAUAUAACUGCUCAGGUUCAAUCCGCAAUUGAUAGCAUCUUGAAUCUCAAGCAAGGUCCGUCAAACCCCAUUCCCCCGCCUACUCUCCCAGCCUCAGCGUCAACGUCUCAGACCACCGAAUCUAAAGAUGCUGCAUUGGAUCAGGCUGUAAGGAGCAUUCUUGGCUCGUGACCCCCCUACAAAAAAGUUCGUUAAGUGAGUUUUUUUAAGCAAGGUCUCUAGAAUAGAUGGGGAUGUGUGCUUCUUUUUGUUAAAAGUAAUGUUUGAAAGAUAAUUUCAAACUAAAUUAUAAACAUGAGGUCAUACCAAUCCAAAAACUGUGAUCUUUUCUAGCGACCUUGCUAUUGAAUCAAAUGCAAACAGUUAUCAAUGUGGUAUUUAUCUCAAAGAUAAUAUUUAUUACACUUUAAUUAUUAUUUAUAAUCCAAUCCGUUAUAAAAAUGGCAGCUAUAUAUACAAUGUUUGUUUACAUCAGGAAGCGGCAUCUUAGUCGCCAACUUCACAUAGUACAAUUUUGGGUAAGGCUUGAUAAUUAUCACAAAUUUGUUACAGUUGAUAAUGUAUAUUCUCAGCUUCUCUUUAUUACACACUUUUUGUGUGCCAUUACUAUAUUGUAAUUUUUAUUUAAAUAGUAAGAUCCAGUAUAAAUUAUGAACUCCAUAUUUAUACAACGACAAUUGUUGAGGCAAUGACACUGAGUCUAUUUACAUAGUUUUUGCAUUUUUUCCUUUUUGAGAUUAAUUAAUUACCACGUUGAACUAGAUGCAUUGUGAAAUUUUUAAUAUUAGCUCUUAAAUUAUCAACAGUUUUUUUUCGCAAAGGCAAUAAUUAUUAAACUAAUUACAUACUUUCCAAUAGAAUAGAAGUAAUUAAUUGAACUUAUACUGUAAUUCAUAACUGUAAAUGUGGCUAGGUAGUUAGGUUUGCUCAGAUGUACAUCUGUUGGUUCGUAAUGUAAUUUUGUACAAAAGAACUAUUUAAAACAAUAUAUUCCAGUUUUAGCGAUCACAGUUUACAAAUACUUAAAGAAUCGGUGAGUUGUAUAUACGUUUUUAACUAUAUCAUUAUAUAACAUUUAUGAAACAUCCAAUAUUGUAAAAAAAAAAAAUAAGGAAAUGAGAAAAAACAGCAUAAGGGAGAAUAACUUGAACUUGUUUUAUCAGAGCAGAAAAAAAAAAUUUGAUACAUUACACGAGAUAGAAACAAAGAAUCAAAUGAAAAACAGAUAUUUUGACUGUAGAAUCAUUGUAAUAUUUCAAAAUCUUUUAUGGUAUUACAUAGAAAUAAUAGGUGUCAAGAAACACUGAGGUUGAGAAUCUGUAUAAUACAUUCAUGUCUUAUGUUUAUGAAUAAUCUAUUGUCCACAACACAUACAGGCAGAUAAAGGACGGGAUAUCAUAUGAUACCUGCUCACUUGUUAGUAUCAGAAUGUUAAUGUAUUCACAAUAUUUUCGAAAAAAAUUUUUUGCUUUUGCCCAGUUAACUUAUAUUCUACGCGGACAGAAUGAUGCAUGGUAUAUUUUUCAAUAAUGUUCAUACAUUUUUACACCCAAAAAUUUUGCUGAAGGAUGCAUAAUAGAAAUUACAUCACGGUUUUAGUUUUACUUUAAUGAUAUUGCUGUGUUGCAAUCAAGGCAUGGUUUGGGAGCAUUUUUUAUCAAGAAAUGUUAAUAGCAUAGUAUUUCUGGGAUACUUAAUUCUGAACAGCUAUUCAUUAUUGAAUUAUCAUGUCCACCUAAUCGGUAAAUUAUAGAGGUUCUCUCGUUGAUAAAAAAAAUGAAAAAACAAAAAAACUGUUUCUGGUUAAAUCAAUCCAAGACUGACAUAUUAUACCGACAAACAUGCAAAAUGGCAUUAUUUAAUAAAUAUCGAACAGAUGA